AUGGAAGACGCGCUGACAGCACGUGCACGUUCAGUAUACGCGGACACGAUGUGGUAUACGCUUCAGUGGCGAAAGGCCAAAUGGGAAAUGGGAAUGCAGACGUCGAGCGCGGUCAGCAGCUGGUGCAGCGAGUGGCGAGUUGGUGUGGCCCACGUCAUUUCCGAUGUUUUGGUGCCGUUUGUGACCAGUGGAGAGAAGCACGGACUUUACGGGGACAGAGCCGCGACGUCGAGGGAGGGGGCCACCUGGCACGCUGGAUCGGGACAAGAAUGUACAAUAUGGCGGCGUCGUGGGCACAACACGUGGGUGCUCGAUUGCGGAUUCAUCUUCUGUUUCUACGGAUCUUUUCGGCAGCAUCGACGCCACACUUUGUUCAUCGGCCGCCACGAGAUUCCUACUGAUGACUUUCGAGCAGCUACUCUCCUCUAG